UGUGGCGUCGUCACAUGAGCUCGUCCAUACGAGUGUGGAGAAGCGACGGAAGACGCAUGAUUUCUUAACACAAUCUGCUUUUUUCACUCCGACGAGGCAGACAGACGGAAAAAAUCAGUUUUAUAAGACAACACGUCGACGCUUUUACACUCGUUUUUAUGCAUUUUGCGCAUUUACUUCACAGUAAACCUAACUGUUAGCAUUAGCCGCAUAGCUCGACUUUAUUAUUGCGUCUGAACAUUGACUUCAGCUUUGAUCAGCCUGCCCGUGGAUUAAUCGUUCAUGUUGGCCUAUCUCAACCGAAGACUCAUUUUUCUUAUGUGCAACCGCAAUGUCACAUAGUAAACGCAAUCUGUUGUGUAAUUGCUAUUCGAAAGGCUAAACAAGUGUGGUGAAGAAAAAAAAUCAUCUUGUAACACUGGAGAUCAGAUCCAGGAAAUCUAUUCAAGAGAUCAGACUGAAGCAUUACUGAUCAAGUACGACGAAACAAAGAGGACGAGGAUCUACAGCCACAUCACUUCAUAUACAAAGGCGAAUAAACUUAGCGCAUUUAAACAGUCUGAUAUGAUGUUUCCACAAGCCAGGCACUCGGCUUCGUCUCAAUCGACACAGCCGCUCAAAUUCACCACGUCGGACUCUUGUGAUCGCAUCAAGGAUGAGUUUCAGUUCCUGCAGGCACAAUAUCACAGUCUCAAGUUGGAAUGUGAUAAACUGGCCAGCGAGAAAUCUGAAAUGCAGCGUCAUUACGUCAUGUAUUAUGAGAUGUCAUACGGGCUUAACAUUGAAAUGCACAAACAGGCAGAGAUUGUGAAGAGAUUGAAUGGGAUCUGUGCGCAGGUGUUGCCGUACCUGUCUCAAGAGCACCAGCAGCAGGUCCUGGGGGCGAUUGAGAGAGCCAAACAAGUCACUCCUCCUGAAAUGAACUCCAUCAUUCGGCAGCAGCUUCAGGUUCAUCAGCUUUCUCAGCUUCAAGGUUUGGCGUUACCCAUGGCACCUCUGCCAAUGGGCUUGACUCCGCCCACCAUGCCCGCCGUCACCUCCAGCUCUGGUCUCCUGUCGCUGUCCAGCAUCCUCGCGUCUCACGCUCACCUGGCCAAAGAAGAAAAGAACGCACGCGACGCAGCCGACGGCCACCGCGAUGACGACGCCGACAAAUCUGACUAGCACAACGGAGACUGAGAGAACGAAAGAGAGGGAUGACGGGAGGAAGAGAGAUCUGUUCAAACCAUUUCCACUUUUUUCUUUCUCUCUCUCUCUCUCUAACUAGAUUCAAUCUCACUUUCUCUGUUCUUCCUCGCUGCAGUCUGUCCCAAAUAUUCUGUUAUGAAGAAAAUGAAUCAUUUGUUUGAAUCAAAACUUUGAUUCACUUGCUUCACUCACAGGCAUUAUUACUGAUGUUCAUGAUUAGCUAUAGAGAUUACCGUAGAGACUUGGGUGGACAACAAAAAGCAGCCAAUCAGAGCACCCAAUACAUUAUAGUAGUCAUAAAACGCACCCCUGUUAACCAUUCGGAGCAUCUUUGCAUGGGUACCACUUACAUUUUUUUCUUCUGAAUAUGUUAAACUAUUUUCUCUUGUUAAUUAAUUAUUUUUGCUUUUUUGUCUCUUACGGUUACACACACACACACACACACACCAUGGGCCUGAUGUAUAAAUGUUGCAUACACAAAAAUGUGCACGUGAAAUCUGCACAUGAGGCCGUAAAAUCUCUCUUAUUUUCACAUCACGGCCGUAUUCUCAGAUGAGCAAAGGUGUAUCGUUUUUCUUUUUGACCACCCGCAAUCUUAACUAACUGAUCUCUCAUCAUUAUGGAAAGACGGUCCAAAAGCACACUUGUUGGUUAGUGAAGCACUUGCAUUGGUCGGCGCUGAACCCAUCACAGAUAUCAAUCAGCUUAUAUUUGACCGUUUCAAUGCGAUCCAUGUAAACCAAUGAUUAUCUUCUUAAAGAGACGUUAACUCUCUCGAACCCUUCAGCUGUCACAAGUCUCAAUAAGCGACAGUACUGUCCCAUGUGGUAUGUGAGAUUUGAAUAGAAAUAAUCGACCCAUUCUCACUGAAAAUGAUUUUUCUAGUGUGUGUUUGCCGUGUAUGUUGUUCCAUGUGUGGCCAGAAGGUUGCACGGUUUAGCAAAUGAGUGCGUUUUGGGUUAUGUGAGAGGAUGUUUGAAUUGCAUACUAGCAUACUACCAUUCGUAGUGUACACAUUUUCUGCAUGAAAUACGUUGGAUGACUACGUCUGCUAAAAUGUGCAUUAACGACACUUUACAAAAUUGUGUUUCCCACAAUGCAUUGCGCAUUUCAAGACUAACAGAAGUAAAUGGAUAGUUCACCCGAAAAUGAAAAAUCUGUCAUUUACUCGCUGUCGUGUUGUCCUAAACCUGUAUGAGUUAUUUUUUAUUUUAUUUUGAUGAUUAGCACACAGCUGCCAUAAGCAUUGAAACAAAUAUUAUGAAAGUAUUGGGAUAAAUGAUGGUAAGCACACAGUUGAUGGUACCCAUUGAAAUCCAUAAUAUUGUUUUUCCUACUAUGGAAGUCAAUGGUUACAGUGAGCCGUAUGCUUAUCAUCAUUUAUUAAAAUAUCUUCUUUUGUGUUCAUCAGAAAAAAGAAAUUCAAACAUGUUAGGAACAACAAAUAAUGACAAUAUUUUCAUUUUUUUGUGUACUAUCCCUUUAAGUAACUUUCUUGGUUGCCACAAUGAAACAUUGUAGUGUAUUAUUGUUUGAACACUAUUUUGCAUGCAAUAUGUUUCCCAUAGUACCUCCAAAAAUAGUAUGUUUGUCUACAGUCUGCAUUUAGUAGUAUGCUAGUAUUCGAUUUCAAACAUAGACAUGGUGUUUUAAAGACAUGCUGCCUAUUUUUCGAUUUUUAGUCAAUUAAAUGUCCCCAUAAUUCAUUUCUUCUCAUUGUAUAUCACUUUGACAGUGCUCAUGUGUCAGUGUGGUAUACAUGCCAAAAUUUAGUUAUUUAAAUGGGUUUUCUUUUCUUUUUAAAUAUUUCUGUUUGAUUUAAUUUGAUCGCAAAAGUUUUUCCAAAGAAAAUGAGAAAGGGUUAAUUUUUAAAAUGAUGCGUGCUGCCGCGAUGGGCCAGUUUAUAUACAUAUAUAAAUAUAUCAAUAUACAUAUAAUUUUGUAAAGAUUUUUGUAUGUAUAAAGCUACAUUUAUGGUGUAUGCAACGUGUGCGGGAGGACACCAAGACCAGUUUUGAGUCGUGGAUGCUGUGAUAUACAGAAAUCUGUCAUUAUGUACAGUACUCCCAUUGGUUAAGAUGAAAAUGGUCUGGCUGCUUAGUUGCUUCACAUUCAAUACCUCUGCCCUUGUCUCUAUACUUCUGCUGGACCUCAACUGACCCCCCCAAAAGUGACUCGUACAUUAUCUUGGUAAGAUGGCAUUAUUAAAUCGUUGAUUUGUGUUCAAAUGAACCUGCAGAAGCUGUGUAUUUGAGCAUGAUGUUAAGGUGGUACUCCACCUCUUCUUUUUUCGAAACUCCACCCACCUCCACGUGUAGCCCCUCCUUCUUCUGAUUGCAGUACUUAUUUGCAACAUUUUUAAGCUUAGUAGUGGGUAUUUUUAAAAUUUGUGUGUGUGUGUUGUAUGUGACGCAAUGAUGUACCUGAUGAAAAAUGUAUGUUGUUUGUGUAAUGGAUACUGUUAUUAUAACUUCAUUUAAAAAAAUAGUUAGAAGAAAAAAAAUUAAUAAAAUGUUAAAACAUUUACUAUACCCGAAUGAGAGAUUGAGCAGUAAGGAAGUAUUUAUUGUGCCUUACAAAUAAAUGAUUCAUUGGACCUUU